UUGAGAGAUGAGUGCAUGAGUUUCAUAUCAAAAUACUAUCAUUUUAAAAAAUAUCACUAUUUUGUAUAGUGCAUGAGAUCAAGUGUUUACAAUAAAAUUUAGCUGCCCAAAUUUUUGAUUACACCAUGGAAGCGUCUAAUAUUGAACCUUUUCUAGAUGGCAAGACUAUUUUCAUUACUGGUGCUACUGGUUUCCUUGCAAAAAUUCUGGUAGAGAAGAUACUUCAGAUUCAACCAAAUGUGAAAAAAUUAUUCCUACUGGUAAGAGCUGCAGACACAAAAUCAGCCAAAAAACGAUUUACUAAUGAGGUUAUGCAGACUCAAUUGUUUAGUGUUCUAAGAGAAAAGAUAGGUGCAAAUAACCUGAACUCUCUCAUAGAAGAAAAGAUAUUUCCUGUUGCUGGUGACAUAUCAUUUGAGGAUUUUGGAAUUGAAAACUCAGAGAUGAAAGAUGAAAUGUUCAGAGAAAUAGACAUAAUCAUAAACUCUGCUGCAACUACUAGAUUCGAUGAGAGAUAUGAUAUUGCCAUGAAUAUCAAUGUCCUAGGUGCCCUUAACGUCCUCAAGUUUGCUAAAAGAUGUGAAAAUGUGAACAUUAUUACUCAUGUAUCCACUGCAUAUGUUUCUGGAGAAGGGGAAGGAGUAAUACCAGAGAAAUCAUUCAGUUUGGGUGAGACACUCAACAAAGACACAAAAUUAGACAUUGAUGUGGAGAGGAAAGUGGUAGAGGACAAACUCAAGGAAAUUGAAGCUCAAAACUUGACAACAAAGGAAGUAACAAUGGCCAUGAGAGAUCUAGGCAUUCAAAGGGCAACUAUGCAUGGAUGGCCAAACACAUAUUCCUUCACAAAAGCAAUGGGAGAGAUGCUUUUAGGUCACUAUAAGGAGGAUUUACAACUUGCUAUAAUACGUCCAACAAUUAUCACUAGCACUUAUAAAGAGCCAUUUCCAGGAUGGAUUGAAGGAGUGAAAACAAUGGAUUCUUUUAUUUUGGCAUAUGGUAAAGGAGUGUUGAAGUUCAGCUUCGGUGACCCAAAUUCUUAUAUUGACGCAAUUCCAGGUGAUAUGGUGGUAAAUGCGAUCCUUGCAGCAAUUAUAGCACAUAUUGGAAAUCAAUAUAAUUCCUCUCAAGGAUUUAUAUAUCACAUCAGUUCUUCUAGAAGAAAUCCCCUAAAAUCUUCAGAUAUUCGAUUGUUCUUGUUUAAUUACUUCACCAAAAAUCCAUGGAUCAACAGAGAUGGGAAAAUCAUCAAAGUGGAUAUGCCUACACUAUUUAGCAGCAUGGAUAGCUUUCGAAAAUACAUUUCAACCUAUUAUUGGCCACUGUUAAAGAUACUUGAGUUGGCAAAUCUGUUAUCAUGUCGUAGUUUUGACAAAACAUACAAGGAUACGAAAAGGAAGAUUGAUAUGGCCAUACGUCUAGCUGAACUCUACAAACCUUAUUUGCUUUUCCAUGGAAGCUUUGAUGAUGCUAACACAGAGGGGUUGAGAAUGGCAAUGAAAGAAUGCAACAUGGAUGAUGUGCUCAACUUUGAUCCAAGUUGCAUCAAAUGGGAGGAUUACUUCAUGGAGACUCACCUCCUUGGAGCUGUGAAGCACAUAUUCUAGGGAUUAUUUUUGAAAAUUAAUUAUUCAUAUAUUAGGUUCUUCUUUCAGCAUAUGGUGAGAUAAUCAUUCUGAAUUUGCAAUAAAAAUGUUAAAAAAUAAAAUAAAAAUGGAGUGUACAAUUAUUUUCAUUCUUGUAAACGUAAUUUGUCCAGGACGACUAUAUAAAAUGUUGUGUCUGUGAAGU